UCCUCUGACGUAGCGGGUCAGAGGUGACCGGCAAGAUGUCGGCCGUCGGCGGCUCUGAGCGUCUGUAGAGCGGCACAUUUGUGUGACAGGAGCCGGACGGAGACGGCUAGGAGUGGUCGAGGAGGGGACGCGAGGUCGAGGUCGGGGGACCCGGCACUCAGGGUGCACGGGUGGCUCCCCGGAAUGCGCCACAGCCCCCCGAGCAGCCGGGAAGGCGAGCCGCGCGGGAGCGCUUCAUGCCGCCCACCGGCAUAGAGACCUCCAGGAUGAACAGGAAGAAAGGAGACAAGGGCUUCGAGAGCCCACGGCCGUACAAAUUAACCCAUCAGGUCGUCUGUAUCAACAACAUAAACUUCCAGAGAAAAUCUGUUGUGGGAUUCGUGGAGUUGACUAUAUUUCCUACAGUUGCAAACUUGAAUAGAAUCAAAUUGAACAGUAAACAGUGUAGAAUAUACCGAGUCAGGAUCAAUGACUUGGAGGCUGCUUUUAUUUAUAAUGAUCCAACCUUAGAAGUUUGUCACAGUGAAUCAAAACAGAGAAAUCUCAACUAUUUUUCCAAUGCGUAUGCAGCUGCGGUUAGUGCUGUGGAUCCUGAUGCGGGGAAUGGAGAGCUCUGCAUUAAGGUUCCAUCAGAGCUCUGGAAGCAUGUUGAUGAGUUAAAGGUUCUGAAGAUACAUAUUAACUUCUCUUUGGAUCAGCCAAAAGGAGGUCUUCAUUUUGUGGUACCCAGUGUAGAGGGCAGUAUGGCAGAGAGAGGUGCUCAUGUCUUCUCUUGUGGGUAUCAAAAUUCUACAAGAUUUUGGUUCCCAUGUGUUGAUUCAUACUCUGAGCUGUGCACAUGGAAGUUAGAAUUUACAGUAGACGCUGCAAUGGUCGCCGUGUCCAAUGGGGAUUUGGUGGAGACGGUAUACACCCAUGAUAUGAGGAAGAAGACCUUCCACUAUAUGCUUACUAUUCCGACAGCAGCAUCCAAUAUCUCCUUGGCCAUUGGGCCUUUUGAAAUCCUCGUAGAUCCAUAUAUGCAUGAGGUUACGCAUUUUUGUUUACCCCAACUUCUUCCAUUGCUUAAACAUACCACGUCGUACCUUCAUGAAGUUUUUGAAUUUUAUGAAGAAAUUUUGACUUGUCGCUAUCCGUACUCCUGUUUUAAGACUGUCUUCAUUGAUGAGGCUUACGUUGAAGUGGCCGCUUACGCUUCUAUGAGUAUUUUUAGCACAAACCUUCUGCACAGCGCCAUGAUUAUCGACGAGACCCCACUGACCAGACGGUGCCUAGCGCAGUCCUUAGCACAGCAGUUCUUCGGUUGCUUCAUAUCCAGGAUGUCCUGGUCUGAUGAAUGGGUUUUGAAAGGAAUUUCAGGCUAUAUUUAUGGACUCUGGAUGAAAAAAACUUUCGGUGUUAACGAAUAUCGCCAUUGGAUUAAAGAGGAGCUGGAUAAAAUAGUAGCAUAUGAACUGAAAACUGGAGGAGUUUUACUACAUCCCAUAUUUGGUGGUGGGAAAGAAAAGGAUAACCCAGCUUCCCACCUUCAUUUUUCAAUAAAGCAUCCACAUACCCUGUCCUGGGAAUACUACACUAUGUUUCAGUGCAAAGCCCACCUCGUGAUGAGACUGAUUGAAAACAGAAUCAGCAUGGAGUUUAUGCUCCAAGUUUUCAAUAAACUACUAAGUCUGGCUAGCACUGCUUCGUCUCAGAAGUUCCAGUCACACAUGUGGAGCCAGAUGCUGGUUUCCACCUAUGGAUUUUUGAAAUCAAUUUCCAACGUCUCUGGCAAAGACAUCCAGCCCUUAAUAAAGCAGUGGGUAGACCAGAGUGGAGUAGUAAAAUUUUACGGAAGUUUUGCAUUUAAUAGAAAGCGAAACGUUUUAGAACUAGAAAUAAAACAAGAUUACACAUCUCCUGGAACUCAGAAGUACGUGGGACCACUUAAAGUGACAGUGCAAGAGUUAGAUGGAUCCUUCAACCAUACCUUGCAAAUUGAAGAAAACAGUCUCAAGCAUGAUAUACCCUGCCACUCUAAAAGCAGAAGGAAUAAGAAGAAAAAAAUCCCACUGAUGAAUGGGGAGGAAGUUGACAUGGACCUUUCUGCAAUGGACGCUGAUUCCCCUUUGCUGUGGAUAAGAAUAGACCCAGAUAUGUCCGUCCUGAGGAAGGUGGAGUUUGAGCAGGCUGAUUUCAUGUGGCAGUAUGAGCUCCGCUAUGAGAGAGACGUCGUGGCUCAGCAGGAAUCCAUCCUGGCUCUGGAAAAGUUCCCCACCCCGGCAUCGCGCCUGGCGCUCACCGACAUCCUAGAGCAAGAGCAGUGCUUCUACCGAGUCCGAAUGGCGGCGUGCUUCUGUCUUGCGAAGAUUGCAAACUCAAUGGUGAGCACAUGGACGGGACCACCAGCCAUGAAGUCUCUCUUUACUCGAAUGUUUUGUUGUAAAACUUGUCCAAACAUCGUGAAAACAAACAACUUCAUGAGUUUUCAGAGUUAUUUUCUACAGAAGACUAUGCCAGUUGCCAUGGCUUUGUUAAGAGAUGUACAUAAUCUUUGUCCCAAAGAAGUUUUAACGUUUAUUUUAGACUUAAUCAAGUACAAUGACAACAGGAAAAAUAAGUUUUCAGAUAACUAUUAUCGUGCAGAAAUGAUUGAUGCUCUGGCUAAUUCUGUUACACCUGCUGUCAGUGUGAAUAAUGAAGUUAGAACUUUGGAUAACUUAAAUCCUGAUGUUCGGCUAAUUCUUGAGGAAAUAACUCGGUUUCUGAAUAUGGAAAAACUUCUCCCAAGUUACAGACACACUAUCACCGUCAGCUGUUUGAGAGCCAUAAGGGUGCUUCAGAAGAAUGGACAUGUGCCAAGUGAUUCAUCUCUUUUCAAAUCCUAUGCUGAGUAUGGCCAUUUUGUGGACAUCAGGAUAGCAGCUUUGGAAGCUGUUGUUGAUUACACUAAAGUGGACCGGAGUUAUGAAGAACUUCAGUGGCUACUUAAUAUGAUUCAGACUGAUCCUGUACCUUAUGUAAGGUUAGUGUAUAUAUUUAAUGUCUUGAAUAUGAGUCAUGAACCAUUUCUGAAGAUUAUACAUGGGGAAGAUGUUUAUGAUUUUUUUAAAAUUUGGGAAUGUGUUAUGUGCAUUUUUAAAGCAUUUUUUUAUUUGUAUUCUUUUUUCGAGACAAGGUUUCUCUGUGUAGCCCUGACUGUCCUGGAACUCACCUGCAGUAGCCAUGGGAAGUACACCGGUACUGCCCAUGACUGGAGGUUACGGUGUGGUGCUGUGGAUUUGUACUUCACUUUGUUUGGCCUCAGUAGACCUUCCUGUUUACCCUUGCCAGAGCUCGGGCUUGUUCUUAAUCUCAAGGAGAAAAAAGCUGUCUUGAAUCCUACCAUAAUUCCAGAAACUGGAGCAGGCGCCCAGGAAUCUGCGAGUAAUGCCGGCUGUCAUGCACAGCUUGCUGGAUUCCAGAACCCUUUUUCAAGUUCUCAAGAUGAGGAGGAGGUUGAUAUGGAUACUGUUCAUGAUAGUCAGGCCUUCAUUUCCCAUCAUCUGAACAUGCUUGAAAGGCCAUCUACUCCAGGGCUUUCUAAAUAUCGACCAUCUAGCUCCAGAUCUUCCUUAAUGCCCCAGCAUUCAUUAGGCUGUGACAUCAUACCACCUACAAAACCCCCGUGGAGUAUGGAACUGUCCCGAAAGGGAAUAGGUAAAGAGCAGCCUUUGGAGAUGGGUGUGCAUUCCAUGGUAGCAGCUCCACUCUCAGUGUUUGCUAAGGAGUCUACGUCCUCUAGACACAGCGAGCACCAUCAUCAUCAUCACCACGAGCACAAGAAGAAGAAGAAGAAGCACAAGCACAAGCACAAGCAUAAACACAAGCACGACAGCAAGGACAAGGACAAGGAGCCCUUUGCCUUCUCCAGCCCCGCCAGCGGCAGGUCUGUGCGCUCGCCUUCCCUCUCAGACUGAAGUGUCUGCAGAGCCCUCUCCAGAGUCCCGCCCAGAAGAUGGUGUUACUAAAGCCUGGUCCUCCGUGGAGCAUGGUGCGAGGGGAAAUACAGAGAAGCUGGAGUGCACUGGAGUUCUGGGCAUUCAGUUUCUGCUCUUUGUAUAUCUGGGGUCUAAGGAGGAACUGGUUUUUUUGGUUCUGGAUGAACUGUUCCAUCCUUUGUUUCUUCCUGAAAACACAGAGUGACUUCUUUUUACAAAAGCCUUCAUGUCUCCUGCAGACCCAUUCACAUGUGGUCUCCUGUGGACUGUAAGGUCAGGUAUGCGUGGAAGCCGCUGAUGGAUGUCAUGGGCAAAGGAGCAUCAGCAGAAGGAACUGCCAGAUCUGUGGUACCCAGCAUUUCCAUGAAGUGCUGAAUAACACCACUUGGCGUUGCUGGAAAGGCAGGCUUUUCUGUAGGACUCAACCCUCUUGGCUGCUCUUCUGUGUAGCCAUAGAAAAUAAGUAUCAUCAUUUAUGAGCUAAGAAUCGUAUAUUUCCUUUUAUCCUAAAUUACAAAAAGUUUGGAAAGAAAUUAUUUUUAAAAGCAUUUAAAGUAACUAUCUUUUGAUAGUACAUUUGGUGAUUUUGAUGUUGCAAUUUAACAGAACAGUCAGACUCUCCAAAAUCAAGAUGUUUAAAUUACAUUUUGUUUUGUCUUCUGUUAAGUAUAAAGGAAUGUGUUCAUAUGUAAAAUAUGUGUUGCUGAAUGUGAACAGUUUACAUACAUAACUCGUAUUUUUUUCUAAAAUUACCCUGUAUAUAAGGCCGGCAUGGUACUACAUGCCUUUAAAACAAGCCAGCCUGAGAUACAUGAAAAUCUGUAUCAGAAAAGCAAAGUAAUGAAAAUUACUAUAUAUAACAAAAUAUGAUGCUUUAAGAAGGUGUGUUUUGUUAUUUAUCGGCUUGGACAUAGAUAAUUUGACCCAUAUUGGAGGAUACCAGCAACAGUUUAAAAAUACAUGUGCAGUGUUUUGGUUUCUUAUUUUAACAGUUUGUAUGGUGGUGUGUUUUGUUUUUGUUAUUUUUUUGUUUUUCUGAAUUUACCAAGUUCUCUGGUAAAUUUUUUUUCAUAUCUAGUUUUUAUCGUUUCCCUUGUUACUAAAAUGUUUGACUGAAUUCCUAUGCUCGGAAUAAAUAUUUCAAAAGGAUCCAAUAAUGCUGGACUUUUAAAUAAUAAAUAACUUUUUUUAAGUUGAA